GUCGUUCUGAUGUGUCUGAAGGCAGCACUAUAAUCUGGAUUCUUUCGAGGAUGAAUGGAUCGCAGCAGAUAAGCUGCAGCACUUUGUGAGCUGCGGGCUGAUCUCUGCAAUCGCCUUCAUAACUGCAAGCCUCUUUCGCAGAUCGCACCAGUAUCGACUAAUUCUAGGCGUAUUAUCAGGCUUUAUUGUCGGUAUUGCCAAAGAGCUUGGGGAUUACCUCCAGGUGAACUAGUCAAAUGCUCUGCAUCGAUGCCUUGAUCCUUUGCAUGAAGUCUUUCUUGCAGCCCUUGUAGUGCUGGAGAGCUGCAACGUUCUCCCUCGUGCAUUUCACUGGCGCUCAGCUACAUCUGCUGAGCAGGCAGCAUGAACGCAAGCCAGAGUCCCGCUCGCCUGAGGUUCCUAGCAGCCAGGGGAUCUGCCUGAAAGGGGUACCAUUGCAUAACACCUAGGUGCCAGAAGACAUGGCGCUCGUCCCGUUUAGAGUGUCAGGUGCAGCCGCGGAUCAGUCUCUGGAGCAUCGCAUGUUCCAAAUUGGUGGCCACACCAUCAGAGUCCGGCAGAACCCUGCGGGGAGCGGCGCGCACCACCACAUAAGGGCGCAGCAGGACGCACAAAGCCGGCAGGAUGGGGAAAAGGAAGAGAGCAAGGAGGAGCUGGAUAAUGUGGGACUGGUAGUGUGGCAGAGUGCGUUUGUGCUGGCCGAGUUUCUGGUGUCCCAUGCGCCCAUGGGGGACUGGCGCGACGUGCGCACUGUGGAUCUCGGCACAGGGACAGGUGUAGUGGGCAUGGUACUGGCACUGGCUGGGGCGGAGGUCACCCUGACAGACCUGCCGCAUGUGACAUGGCUCGCGCGGGAGAACGUUGCUGCCAACUGCGAUUCGCCCCUCAUCAGAGCCCAGGUGGUGGACUAUGCAUGGGGCGAUGACGUAACGGCGUUGCCCGCAUGCCCAGACCUGAUCACAGGCGCAGACAUCGUGUACCAGGAAGAGCACUUCCCACCGCUGCUGCAGACUCUGAAGCAGCUGGCAGCCCCCCACACCCUCAUAUUCCUCUCCUUCAGACUGCGAGGUCGUGGAGAGGACAGGUUUGAGUAUAUGCUAGCAGAGGAAGACUUUGCAGUCAUGAGAAUACCAGAGCAUGCACUGCAUGAGGAGUACAGGGAUGGGCAGUAUCGUGUGCUGAGAGUGUGCAAGCGGGGAGGAUGAUAUCCAGUGCACAUGCAAAAGGACAAAACCACAGCACGCGGCAUGUUAACAACUACUUCUAAAUAUUCUACGUGGGAGCACUUCUGCAGUCACAAAAAUGGCCUUAUGCCCUGCAAGUGCCUGCCAGUGCUUAGCAGCUUGAAUAUGCUUAUCACGGUGUCAUGGGUUUUCAAAUUGAUUGCAGUUCAUCCUUGUAAGAGAUAGUAACGUAGUAAAGACGGGUCAAACUUGUGCUCUUAGAUUGUUCAACAGUACAUUUCAGAAUAGCAGUUGCUCAAAGCAGCUUAUUUACCAUCUUUGUCUGUUCUCAGAAUUUGCACUCUUUGAUGCUCUUACAGUUCCAGUCUCUUGCCAUUCUGUUCUUUAAGUACUGCAGGAUGGCCACUUUACAAAUAAUUUACCAGACGCGAAUUGUUUUUGCCAGGCUGUAUUCUGUAGGUCCCAGUAGCCUUGUCAUACAAAGCAAUAUACUGCAACACACUAGUGUAAGAAGUUCAAUC